AUGUGGCAGGUUGUUGCGGUGCUACUUCUCACCGCCUGCUUUGCACGAUGCCUAUUCCGGUGCCUCCAGCCCGAGGACCCGAAGCCAAUCCCAGAACAGAAAACUGAAGUGCACAAACCUCAAGAACUCCAAGCCCAAGAGACCACGCCCUAUGACGCAGUGCUUGCGUUGGAGUCCUUGGGCGAUUUUCUGCACACUGGCCACAUCAAGUUUCUGCAAAAGGCCGAGUCCACAUUUAAGGCAUCGGCUGAAGAGCGGUACAAAAUCGUGUCCAUCGUGGGACUCUUCGACAAGGGGAAAACCUGGCUGACGAACCGGAUGCUGGGAACGAAGUUGCCCAAUGGGAAGCUAUGCACGACAAGAGGUCUCAGCUUUCUUUGGGUGGAAGAUCGUCGCAUGCUGGUAUUGGACAGCGCCGGUGUUCAAGCGACGGUCUCAUACCGCUCGGACCGCGCACAAACCGUUCAACCAAUCCUAGAUGCUCGUGCAACGGAGUCUUUGGUGUUUGACAUGAUUUCCCGCAUCUCCCACCACAUGAUCUUUGUGGUGAACGACUUCACCUGGUUCGAGCAGGAAUAUGUGGAGAUGCUGCACCAAAAGUACGUGCAGGGCCACCACAACAAGGAGCUGAUUGUGGUGCACAACCUGCGCAUGACUUCGGAGGUGGAGGAAGCUCGGGAGCUCUUUUUCCGCCAGAUCAAGUCCUGCUAUGAGGGUGGGGUCUCUCACAUCAACGAGCUCAUCUUCACGGCGGAUGCGGGUGAAGGCAUCCCACCUGUCCACCACAUUGCAUUGUGCAAGCACGGGUCAAAAGCAGGUAACAAAUACAACCAGGAGAACUGCAAGUAUUUGAUGCAGCAGCUGGAGCACCGGCACACCUUGGGCUCCAAGGUGAUCCUCACGGAACUGCUGCGCUCAGAGCUUGCGCGCUUGGUGCCCAAGUUCGCGCUGCUGGAGCUGGCGCCGGAGAGCCAGCCGGCUCCGCCGUCCUCCUUGACGGUGGCCUAUACGGACUUGACGCAGAGCCCGACGGACUUCAAGGGAGGGCCGGAUGCAGGGCGGGCCUGGUCAGGUGCCUAUUCCACAGUCGGGGAGAUGGUGCUGCAGCUUCCGGGGCACGGGGCCAAAGUGAUGCUGAAGACCAAGGGUGUGAUCUCGCCGCUGGGGGAAAUCAUUGCCCACGAUGUCAGCUUCGACCCCAUCGUCAACAUGUUCGACAAGACCACGGAGCUUGGGGUGGAGCGUUACAUCCGUGUGGAGUGCCCUGAUGUGGACGAGGCCGACAUUGAGUGGGAGGAGUUGUCGAACGGGGUACGCAUUGUCAUCCACAAGCAGAAGUCCAUCGAUGAGGCCGCUGUGCAGCCCUUGCAGUCCUUUCCCAUUCUGCAGCAUCACGGCAGAUGGGAGAAGAAUUUCAAUUUUGACCAUGCCGAUGGGCGGUUUGAUUUGUUCAGCCCCAACGGGGAGCCGUACGGGUUCGACGUGCAGCGGGGCGUGCUAGUGGUGAAGCUGGUCAAGUCCUUUCAUGCACGCAGGGGCAAGCUCUGUGGCAAGAAAGAGAUCCUUCCGUGUGCUUCCAGCAUGCUGGUUCUGAAUCAGGUGCCAGCUCGACCUCCGUCGCCAUCUGUUGCAUCUGAGAUAAGCUUGGCGAGUUCUCAUUGGGUGCCUGCUUGA